UUUAUUUUGCUUCAAUUGCACCUGACAACAUUUUAAACAUUUAAAUUAGCCGCGAAUUUAACCUGUCUCAUGCUGAGGGCCCAUAAGUUAAACACGAUGGCGCAAUUAAGCAACCGCGAGGACUGAAAAUAUAAUUCUGUAUAUUACUAAAGACUGAAGAUAAUACCGCAGCGAUAGAUUCUGUAUGUAAUUGGUUUUAUUCUACAUAGAGGACACUUUAUAAAUCUUCAGAGAAUGGGUGCGGCAUUCACAACCUGAUGCAGUUUGAAAGACGGACGGAUGGGAGCUAAGCCAAAGGCUCCUGAAGUCCCUCCUCAGAGUCUCCGUCUGCCGCCGCUUGGUGUCGUUCAGGAACGUGGGUAUCUGCGCAGAAACAUCGAGAACACGAGCACCAGGGAAACAGUGAGUGUGGACAUUACCUUCAGCUAACGUAGCAUGGACGUGCCAGACGAUGGAGUCUCCGAUGAUCACAGUGUUGCGUUCCGUCUCGUGGAGGGGAGCGAAGCGGUUCCGGGUGGAGAUCUCGAAGGCCGGAGGCGGCGAGGUCGUCGCCCGGACCUGGCUUGCGUCUUCCGCUGCUGGUGCACCCAGGGUCCGUCGUGUCCCGGCGCCGGCGUGAAGGACAUCUGGGAAGAUCGCCUCCUGGGUGUGCGGGGCCUGUGCAGAGAAACGCACGGAGUAGAGGUGGUGGGACUGUUAGCAGCACGCUGUAUACUUACCCCGGACUUACCCACGGAUCUGCUUCUCCACGGCCUCGAACGCAUCCUCACCUGCACUCAAAGUACUGUGGAACAUUACACAGCAGGCAUGCUGCUCAGUGGUGUAGGAGAUGCUCUGGGUUACAGGAAUCAACUGUGGGAAUACAACCAAUCUGGCCCUGCCAUCCACCAGGAACUGCAAGAGCUAGGGGGACUGAAAAACAUCUCUGUGGAGCUUCCUGAUUGGCCAGUUAGUGAUGACACAGUGCUUCACUUGGCAACCGCUGAGGCUCUAGCAACAGGAAAAGCAGGCGAGGAGCUACUGCAUGAGGUUGCUUUCCGAUAUAUGGAGGGAAUGAAGGACAUGGAAGGAAGGAAGCCAGGACCUUCAAGUAUUCUAGGUAUUGCACAGUUGCGCCCAGGCACUGAAGGGGGUUACAGGGUACCAUAUAACCCAGAAGCCACAGGUUGUGGGGCAGCCAUGAGGUCCAUGUGCAUUGGCCUUAGAUAUCCUCGUCCUGAUCAGCUGUCCUCACUGGUUGAGGUUGCUGUGGAGACUGGAAGAAUGACCCAUCCUCAUCCAACCGGUUUCCUUGGAGCUGUGGCUUCAGCAUUGUUCACCACUUAUGCAGUCCAGCGAAGACCAAUCACAACCUGGGGUCUGGGUUUAUUGGAGGAGGCUUGUCCUGUCGCAAAAACAUUUGUUAAGUCUGCAGGAUAUGCUGUUAUGGAGACUGAGAGAGACUGGGACUACUUUACUGGAAAAUGGAAAUGGUAUUUGGAUCUAAGAGGAUUGUCUUUGGGGACUGGGCCAGUUACUUGGCCUGACCAGUAUGGGCCAGCAGAACGAGAUGAGGCCUACAAGAGCUUCAGUCUGUCAGGUUGGGCUGGUCGAAGUGGUCAUGAUGCUCCAAUGAUCGCUCUGGAUGCCCUCUUAGGAGCAGGCUUAGACUGGGAGGAACUCAUGAGUCGAUCAGGAUUUCAUGGAGGAGACAGUGACAGUACUGCAGUGAUUGCCUGCUGCUGUUGGGGUCUGCUGUAUGGAAUGUACAGAGUCCCACAGUGUAACUAUAGAAACGUGGAGUACAGGGGACGACUGGAGAGUGUGGCUCAAAAGCUGUAUGCUCUUUCUCGCUGACGAAGCCAAACUGUGAACGGAGAAAAUACUAAAAGAGAAAUAAAUCACAUAGGAAUAAGAUGGCAUGUCAGAACAUUGUCACUAUGCUGAAUAUUUUAGAUCAGUGAACAUUUUUCAUAUAUGACAUACCCUUAAGCUGCGUUCACACUGACAGCAAUUUGAAUUGCUCUAGGUUGCCAAUAUCACUUGUAGGUGUUCUGCACUCAUGCCACCUUAAAAGGCACACAAUCAUCAAAAAUAAUGAGGUUGCUUUGUUGAUGCAAAUUACAGUCUGUGUGAAUUCUCCUUUAAAUCUAAUGCACGUUACAUGUAUAUUUCUACAUUAAAAAUAAUAAGUAAUAAAGAAAUACAUUAAAAUA